AUGUCAAACGGCCAAAUGACGAGUCAGCUGAAUUUGCAACAACAGCAUCCGCUGCUGUCAGCCAUUCCGGGAAAUAAUUAUGCUCAAACGCAGCGCAUGCAUUACUAUCCCAACCACUACUACCCGAGCCACUACUUCCCGGGCCAUUACCACCAAGGACACCAAGGGUUCCAGGGGCAACAUGGCCAUCAGGGGCAGCUGGGGCAGCUGGGGCAUCAGGCGGCCGCCAGCAGCCACAACGGUGCUUAUGCGGCCACGGCGGCUGGCAGCGGACACUCCGGCUACGGCAGCAUCGAGCCGUCCGUGGAGUAUGAGCUGCCGCAUGACCCACCCUCCGGCGGCUUCUCCUCCUUUCACUCCAGUAGUGCGGGCAGUGGGCCCGCAUAUCCACCGCACCACCCACCACCGCCGCCGCCGCCUCCGUCCACGAAAUCGUCGAAGAAAUCGAAGAAAAGCCCCGGCUCGGUGAUGAACGCACUGACGCUGCUCUCGUUCUUCUUCUUCGUGAACAUGCUGCAGAACUGCCUGAAGGAUCACAUGUCCGAUAUGAAUCCCACCGUGAUGGUGCUCACCGCCAGCGGCACUCGCAACCGAUUCAACAAAUUAUCCGAGAUGAAUUCACGCGAACAGACCUCCACCACGGCCACCGAAUCAGCGGCAGCAUCAUCUUGGAAUCAGCAGCAGGCUGCUUUAGUUCCGGCCGUCGUGCCACCCAGCAUACCGCCGCCCUCCAUUGUUACGCCCACGGUCGUCCUGCAAUCGCCCUACAGCGGCGUUCACUCGGAGGUGGCUAAUAAACCCCAACGGCCGCAGUACCAGUCGCAGUACCCUCAGCCAAAACCCCAUGAUUAUCGUCCCCACAUCGUGGAUGAUGACGAUGAUUAUAAUUACGGGCAGCGCAGACCUCCUCCUCAGACCUCCAGUAACUCCGAUUUCUAUCCUAAUCGCACCGCACACAUCGACCACUCGUCCCGGCCCGACUUUGAAUCGGACUCGGGGUCCGAUUACUAUCAGCACCACUACAACCCGUAUGCCGGCACAAAUUCCCGUCGGCAUCCUUGGUCUUAUGGCAGGCAGCGUUACUCAUCCGCACCGUGGUCUUCAGCUUCGUUGGGCGCUCAGUCGGGCGUGAGCUCUUACUUGGAUAAUGCCCAGCGCCGGCAAGGUGAUGAUGACGAUGGUCAUGGUUAUGGCCAUAGGGAUAGGGAUGAAGAUGGAGAAGGAGAUGGGUAUUGGGAUGGCGACGAGGAUGGUCAGCAGCGGCGACGCGGCGAUGCUUUCUAUACUCGCACACGCAUUAAUUGA